AUGUCUACAACUCCUAGCACUUAAGCUCAAUCUCCUGCGACUCCUGCUAGUAGCAGUGGUAUUAGUACUCCAGCUACUGAUUCGUCUAAAUAGACAACUGAAAGCGCAUUGAAUUCAUUUAAAAUGGAAAUGCAAAAAGUUUUAACAAAAAAUAUUAAAAAAAAGAAAAUUGAAGUUAAUGAAUAGCUAGAUAGACUUCUUAAUGAGCGCUUUUAAAACCCUUUCGAUGUUUUAAUGUUAGAUAUGGAGGCCACUGAUGAAGAAAUAAAAAAUUAACAUAGAUAAUUUGCAGUAAAAUUGCAUCCUGAUAGAUGUUCAGAUCCAAGAGCAAAAGAUGCAUUCUUUAUUGUAGAUAAAGCUUAUAAAACUCUUUGUGAUCCUGAAAAGAGAAAAAUUUAUACUCGUAUUAUGAAGGAAGCCAAAGAAAGAACUGUUUUUGAAAGAGAAAAAGAAAAUAAAAAGCGUCUUAAAAGUGGAUUAUCUGAAUUACCAGAAGAUACUUUUGAAGGAAUGUAUAGAGAAAACUUGAAAAAAAUAUUUGAUGAAAUAGAAGAGAGAAAAAUUCACCAUGCAAAAUUGUAAGCUUCGUAAAUCAUAGCAAAAUAAGAGGAAAUAGAAGCUAAAAAAAUGAUGGAGCAAUAUAGAGUUUUAAAUGAAGAAGAAUGGGAAGCUACUAGAGAAACAAGAGUAUCCAAUUGGAGAAACUUUUCUUCCAAAAAAGCAGUAAUUGGAUCUAAAAAAAGUGAUAAAAGUAUUAAACCUCCUCCUACUAAGAUGGAAGAAAGACCUGCUUCAGCUGCUAAAAUAGAUCCUACAUCAGGAAAACCUAUAGGAAUAAAUGAAGAUUAUAAAAAGAAUUGGAGGUGA